AUGCUAACAAAUGUCUUUCGCAGACUGCAUUUAUCUGAAUCCGAGGCAACAGUUAAUCUGCCUUCGGGCGGCGUCAUCGAGGGAGGCUUAAAGGCUUCGACCAAGGACUCUAGCUCUAGCUCUGCGGCCUUUCUCAACCUCCCUAUCGACGUCCUCGUCUUAUUCUUGAACUAUCUCCGUACGCGAGAUCUAAUCGCAUUAUCUCUGACCACCAAGAAACUCCGUUGGGUUCGUCCCGCCAUUGAUUCGCUUGCAGACGACGACCUUCCGGACACCCUGAAUAUUAGAAUACCUCUUAGGGUUAAAUCACUACUUCAAAAUCAAAAGAAGGCUGAGGCUCGUUGUUCUCACCGGAUCCACCAGCGAUUUCUUCCACCCUCUAAGGUUUCCCAUGACAAGUGCCCUUAUUGUGCACAUCCACUAUGCCCUCCGUCCUGUCCAACCGCCCUCUUUCUUGAUACCUUAAGUGGUGUAUUUUACCCCGCGCAGUUCUACCACACAAACAAAGCGGUCUUCAAGUACUCCACCAACAUUAUCCAAAAGUUGUUAUUUAACUCUCACGUACCGACUCGAACUGUUGGUGAGAACGAGACACAGAAAGUUGUCUACUCAACGAUAUGGUGUGAACAUCACCGAUGCCCGAGGAACUUAUUCUCAUCUUCAGGACCAAGUUUUUUGAAUUCACCACUUAGCGCUGGAGCUCAUAAAUUCUUAACAGAAUAUACUCAGACAGCUUCUGAACUUCAAUGGAGAACAGUGUGCAGUUCCAAGGAUCUAGGACAUUGGGUACAUGAUCGAUGGCGUGUGGGAUAUCGGCCAUCGAACCAAAAUCCAUUAGAAAAUCCGGGCUCAGCAACAUCCAAUACGGUAUCCCCAAAGCCAGUCCACGAGGCAUACACAUACAGUCUAUUGUGCCUUCAUUGUCUCCGCUCCGCCUCUUGUCAAAUGAUUGGAUCUUUACCGACACCAUACGAAUACUCCUGCUUCUGCGAAUACAUAGGUAAUCGUAAAGGCUGCGUUCGAUGCGGAGUUACCACAGUCAGACUUACAAGAAUUGAAGUUUUCGACCUUCCGAAUGACCAAACCUUAGCAAAUACAUGGACGACCCGUAAAUAUGUCUUACCGCGAGAGGGGUUCUGGUUAUAUGUUGCUACAGACUAUAGAGUUGGCCCAUCUUCCAAUCCAAACGCCCCUGAACCUCGAAGACUAUACCCAGUGGACCUACAAAGGAAUAAUCAACUUCUUUCGAUAGUUCGUGGGUUUGAAAUUAUACCUCUGCCACCUCAGCCUAAAAUUAGACUGCAAGAUCUGCCGUACUCAAUUCUUCAGAAAAUAGUUUUAAUUCUUAAUCCUAUGGAUCCUCUAAGGUAUAUAAGGUUUGAAGAGUCGGAAUAUUUUUGCUUUUCUGCAAGUUACUGCUUCAUAAAGGCUGCGCACGGGAGGAUGGCGCCGCUGAGGUCAUUGGAUUACUUGAAGGAACCGUGGUAUCUGAUGUGCUCUGGGAGGCAAGGAGGGUUUAAUUCGACUGAGGUUUUCUGGAAGGGUCAGAUGGACGCCAAAGUACGGGAAGAACAGUGGAAAGCGGCAAGGAUAGCAUGGUCAAUGGGAACAGGCUUAAGAGAUUUGUUGGCCCAGAAGUGA